UAGAAAAGGUGUUCCUCUGAAACUGCGUCCCUAGUUGCUUUCCAAUGUUUUUACUCUUUUGCAUCCUGAUGGUUGCUAUCGUUACCCCGCAGAGCAUCGCUGGUGAUGCAUCGGACCUUCCACGGUUUCACGAAUCAAGUGUCUCUGGAUUCGCCCUUGAGUUGAUUCUGACGAAGCUGGAGGCCAUGCAGUGGGACAUUACGACGUUGCAGAAAAAGCUACUCAACGUCGCUUCAGGACUUAACGUACACAGCGCGAAUGCAGAGCUUCGUGACAUCGUUCCAAUCGUGCCACGACAUUCCCAGGAAUGAUGCCGGAAAGUAUCUCCUACAACCGACACCCAGAUGCGAUCCCUUCCUGGUGUAUUGCGAGCGGGAAAAGCUAGGUGGAGGUUGGAUAGUGGUACAGCAUCGGUUCUAUAAUUCUCUUAACUUCUCACGCACCUGGCACGACUACCGUGAUGGGUUUGGGGCUGUUGGGCAUGAGUAUUGGAUAGGAUUGGAGCGAUUACACCAGUUAACAGCGGCUCAACCGCACGAACUCAUCAUUGAGCUGAAACGAAGAAAGUACGGAAAACCUUACGGUGAAACAGAAUUUUACGCACGAUACGCUGCAUUCGAGAUCGCCGGCGAAGAGGAACAAUAUCGUUUGAAAACCCUCGGUGCAUACAGUGGGACGGCCGGUGAUUCGUUAGAGUACCACCAAGGCAUGAAGUUUUCAACGAUUGACCGCGACAACGAUGAGGAUCCCGAGAGACACUGUGCUGCUAGACAUAAGGGUGGAUGGUGGUUUAAGAAGUGUCUUAGAUCACAUCUUAACGGAUUUGUCAAGCAAACUACUUUUAAGCAUCCCACUAUUCAGUGGAUUAGUUCGCCCGAGGACUGGGAUUCGGGGCUCAGCUAUUCAAGGAUGAUGAUUCGCCCACUCAAAUAAGCUUGUUGUUUAGUAACAUGAAUACGACAGGUAGAAAGGUUAUUUUGAAUUAAAAGAAAUUGAAUAAAACUAAUAAAUCAACAAGAAAGCGUCUAAGGAUUUGUAGGAUCGAUCAGUUACUAUUUAUUCUUUAUUAUGAUAUUAAGUAGUCAAGAAGAUGUUCAUUGAACUUGUUUUUGACUAACAUUCAACUGUUUUUAUCGCUAGCAAAUAAAUAU